AUGCAGCAUGCCAUGCAGGCUCUCGGGAAGAAUGCGAGCAAAACACUGACUGACUACGAACUGACUGUUGAGGAAGUUGUCUAUCCAGGGAUUACGCGAGAAUAUCAGCAAAGGAGGAUGUCAGCAGUGGUGGUGGUGCAUGGGGGGGCGUGGGCCAUACCUGAGGACCUGGCCAAGGCCUCUGUGGAUGGAGUGAAGGCUGCAGCACGUCAAGGCUCUUCUGUGCUGAAAGGAGGAGGAAGUGCUCUGGAUGCUGUAGAGGCAGCCGUGAGGGCUCUGGAGGAUAACCCUGCGUUUAAUGCAGGGCAUGGAGCAGUGCUAAAUGCUGAUGGAGAAGUGGAGCUUGAUUCCAUUAUCAUGGAUGGAAGGACACUUGCCAGUGGUGCCGUGGCUUCAGUGAAGAACAUCGCCAAUCCUGUGUCACUGGCACGGGCAGUGAUGGAAAAGACAUCCCAUGUCAUACUGGCAUGCAGAGGUGCAAACCUGUUUGCAGAGAGUAUCGGCAUGGCCACCAUCCCCACUGAUGAACUGGUGACUGAGAAUGAGAGGAAAGAGUGGGACAAACAAAAAAACUAUGUAACUGGAGUUAUGGAGGAUUUCAACUCUCAGUGGGCCCAUGAUACUGUUGGGGCGGUCGCUGUGGACUCUGAUGGUAAUGUGGCAUGUGCAACAUCAACUGGAGGCAUCAGAAAUAAAAUGGUUGGCAGAGUGGGAGAUUCUCCCAUCAUUGGCUCUGGAGGAUAUGCAGACAACCUCAGUGGUGCAGUGUCAUGUACCGGCCAUGGAGAAUCUAUUCUCAAAGUGACAUUGGCCAGACUCAUUCUUUCACAUGUUGAACAAGGUAAAUCAGUAGCAGAUUCUUCCCAGUUGUCUCUGCAGUACAUGGGAGACCGUGUCCGUGGUGCAGGAGGCGCUAUAGUCGUUUCUCCGUCAGGACAGUGGGCAGCAACGUUUAGCACAGAGCGAAUGGCCUGGGCAGCAGUGGAUCAGGAUGUUCUGUGGUAUGGAUUAGACCCAAAGGAAAAACUGAAUGAAAAGUUAGGCCAAUAACAUUCUUAGCACAGUUUUUACUCUUUAUAGUCAAAGUCUGGAGCUAUAGAAUACACAUUUCCUUAAUUGUUUUCUACUAAUUCUCUAUGGUUUGGACCACACUGGAUCAUUGUUGAUAGUUGCCACUGGUGCUUGUAGCCAAAGGGAAUUACUUACUUGAGACAAAAUAUAUAUUAAGUUGUAGAAAAAGUGGUUUCCAAAUAUUAUUUAAAAUAUCAAAUAGCUCUCGAACAUCCCCUAAAAUGGCAUUUUUCUCUUGUUCCAGCUUCUUGGUGACCAACUUGAAUGUCAAAUAUAACAUUUAAAAUAGGGUUUUUAUUUACUUUUUUUAAAAUUAUUCUAUUGAUAUAUGUCUCUUGUAAUGGUACAAUCUAUUUGUUAAAUCAUAAACAUAUUUUAAAUAACAGUAAUUUCACACUGAAAGUGUGUCCCACAACAUGCGCGCCACCCUUUUACCGAAAACGUUUUAGCUUAUAUUUAUAGCCUUGGAAAAAAAAAAAACGGUUGAAACAACAACUCGAAGUCUGGGCAUCAGUGGAUCAGGAUGUUCUGUGCUAUGGAUUAGACCCAAAUGAAAGACUGAAUGAAAAGUUAUGCCAAUAACAUUCUUAGCACAGUUUUUACUCUUUAAAGUCAAAGUCUGGAGCUAUAGAAUACACAUAUUUCUUAAUUGUUUUCUACUAAUUCUCUAUGGUUUGGACCACACUGUCUGUCAUUGUUGAAAGCUGCCACUAUAGUAGCCAAAGGAAAUUAGUUUUCUUCAUGAAUUAGCACGUCAGAGCUACAUACUGUAUGUACAAUGAAAUAAUUAAUGAAAGCUGGUAGAUUAUUGUAAAUCUCGAGAACUUUAAAUCGGACCAGUUUUGUUAGGAUAACAACUGGUGACUUCUAGAAUUGUGUGAGUAAUAUUCUGUUUUUUAUACUUCUCUGUUUCACUGUGUGUGCUCUGUAUUAAUACCCUGUAGUUGAUCUGAUUGAAAUUGUGAUUUUAAUCUCAAAACCGCUAUAGCAUUUUCAGGCAGAAAUUUGGGACAAUUAUUUUUGACAGAAACCUUCAAACUGAACUAACUGGCUGCUCGGGUUAACUUUGAUUCAAACAUUUGUAGAAUACUAAAGGGCUUUAUUGAGUAGGGGUAACUGUAUUAAGGGUUACCUCAUAACUUUAUAACUUAGGGUUUAAUGUAAUUGUAAACUAUUGUGCCACUUGAGGCCCAUCAGCUGCAGAGAGUUAACUAAUUAAAGGGGCGUGGCCCCACAGCUGUGACAACUCAGCAAUCAGGUGUCCAUUUCAGGUAGCACUUUCCUGGAGCGUCAGUCAGCUUCAGCGUCAGACUGACAAAGACAAUAGAGUCCUGUUGGAGUCACGA